AUGCCGGAAUCAACACCAAUUUAUCUUCAAGACCUAAAAGACUUAACGUCUAGAAGUGAAAGGAUCUCUCGAAGAUCUACAGUGCCUAGACCACCACCUCCAAAAAUAGGAAACCCAACACCGCUUGGUAAACGUCUUUCCGCUUUUGCUAUGUCAACUUUUGUCGCUUCUCUCUAUGGUCUAGGUGUUUUAGGAAUUAAUGUGCCAAAUAUUUUAGUCGGUGUUUCGCUCUUCACCGGUGGUGUUGUUCAAUUUGCUUCCGGCAUGUGGGAAUUUAAAGUUGGUAACACUUUUGGGGGUACCGGAUUCUCUGCUUUUGGUGGUUUCUGGGCAUCUUUAGGUGUUAUCUAUAUGCCAGGAUUUGGUAUUCAAGAAGCUUACGGAAUCAUACCUGUUAGCCGAAAUGCCACAAUAGACUCAACUGGAUUUUGUACUCAGAAUUGUGAAUACACACUUGGUGGUAUUUAUGCGGCAACUGAUUCCGAUCUUUUUGACCAAUUUCAUCAUGCUCUUGCUAUAUAUAAUGCUGCAUGGUUAAUAUUCUUGGGUGCUUUUGUUGCUUUAACCAUAGCAUUUUUGGGUGAUACUAUUUAUCAUAUUUCUCCAUCUAACACUAUCUUUCUUAAAGUUGGUGCUAUUUUCGAACGUGAGUUUUUUAAGUUUCCAAUUAAAAUUUAUAAAAAUAUUCCUUAA